GCAUGAUGUCUUCCAAGCUGGCGGCGCGCGUGCUGGCCGCGGGGCUGACCUGCCUGAAGUCCAUACUGGAGCAGUCGGGCGUCCUGACGUAUGCAGUGAUGGGCCUCCUGAGCGAAGACGAGCUCGGAGAGCUCUGCCUCCGGGUCCGGGCCGCCGGCUUCGGGCUGGGCCACGCGCGGGCGCUGCGGGAGCUGUGCUACCAGGCGUGUGCCGAUGACACGAGGGAAGGCGAGAACAUGAACGAUGAGGUUCCAGUGACCGCCAGCCUUCUCUCUCCGAAGCUGUAUUUCCGACUUACCAGGAGCGGCCUCCAGGGGCUGGAGCCGAUCCUGGCGCAGUGCGGGGUGCAGUCCGUCGCGCGGCUGGAGCAGCUGAGCGAGGGCGAGUGCGCAGAGCUCGACC